AUGCCGGGAGAUGCCAAUUCUCCAAAGGCGCUGAAAUCCAAAGUCGAGUUAGUCAAGCGACAGCGCCGUCAGAACACGAGUUGUGAUCGAUGCAGACGGUCAAAACGACGAUGCACUGUGUCACCCAGUGUAGACGGAGUUUCUAGCAAGGUUUGCACAAAUUGCAAACGGCUAGGACACCAGUGUACAUUCGAAUUUGCUGAGUAUCAGUCAACAUCUGUGUCAAACAAAAGACAGAAGCGUCAGAACAAUCACCCAGACGGAUCAGCCCAACGGACUUGGUUGAGCGACUAUGACAGAACAAUUAUCGGAGCCGCUGAUAGCCCAAGCAAUGCAUUUGAUGCCACAUUUCUGACUGAACAAGAAGUUCUCUCAUCCUGGCUGAAUAUUGAUUUCGAUGGUUAUUUGGAAGGUACGCCAUCGUUCGCAACCAACCUUGAGCCGUCCAUUCCGUCCUCAGAGCCACAUUCUAAAGGCACAUCCAUGGCAAAUGACGGCCCAGAGACUCAACUCACGCUUCAAUCAACUGGCUUUCCCAUAAUUAACACGAGCGGCUCAUCCCACUUUUUUCCGAAAAUUGGACUUUCAUUCAACAGCCCCAUCCACUUGUUGAACAGUGGAAUAGACGUCAAGAUUCUCGGUGAUCGCCUGACAAGAAUUUAUGAAGCGAUAGCGACGGCUAGCUGCUCGAGAUUCCUGGAUUAUGAUUGCAAUCUCUAUGCAUCUAGGAAUCGCUACCGGAUAGGAGACAGCGAGUCUGGUAGCUCAAUUGGAUCGGUUCCUGCCAUAUCUAAUGUGGAUCCACAAGCCACCUCGUCCAGCCAUGGUAUUUUAAUCCCAGCACAUGAUGAAUUUGGACAAGAGAUUUCUCUGCUAGGGAGUGUUCGUUUUCUUGAUCAUUUUGCCGAUCUAUAUGGUAAUCGGCUGGGCUUGACCGCACGGAAGAAAUCGGAUGAAGUUUUGAAGGCAGUACUGCGAGUCUUUUCCAUGCAAUGGCUUCCAAGUACACCUUCUACGGCUGAACCGACAUUCCUUUCCGGGGGUCCUUUCCUGAAUCAAGAUACCAGGCAAAGUGGGAAUGAAAACACCUUGGAUUCUUUUGUUGAUGCUUGGGUUCGGGCGCGAUCUCUUUUAAAUGAUGCGCACAAUGUUCGAUCAUUUCGAGUCAUUCUCGCAACAAUUACAUUCGUUGGCAUUGUCACGCCGAUGAAGAUAGUUGAAAACGAAGGUUUCUUGCCGACUGGUUUGCUCGAUACUGGUUUACAAAAAUUGGCUCAUUUGGAUCGACUUGUCACUAGUUAUUGUGCCAACCUUGGUCCAUCCUCCAUCUAUGGAUCCCUCGCGGAAACGAGUUUGAAUAUCAUUCGAUGGGCUGGAUAUAUCCGUGAUACAGGAGCAGCACUAUCAAUGAAUCACAAGUCCAAACUACCAGAUCAAUGGGGUCCUUCAAAGGGUGAGUAG